AUGGCAGAAGUUUUUCUUCUCAUUGUUCUCAAAGUGGUGAUGAUCCUAAUAUUUGCUGGUUGGAUUUCUCUUUGGCUUCUGAAGCCCACACAGAUUUGGACAAGAAAAUGGAAAGAAGUUGAAGAGAGAUUGAGGCCUACAAUUCUUGGAUAUUAUGGUAUUAACUUUGUUGUUUUUACAUUCCCUGUAAUAGCUUUGGCUAUAAUUGGAUCUAUCUACAUGAAUUUGCAGCUCAGGAAGACAAGGAGGUCUUAUGGGAAGAAAGUAUUUUCUGGUAUCUCAAAUCCAGUGGUUGUGAACACCCUUUUGGGCACUUUUUCUGCUCUGGAGAUCCUAUCAAUCUCCCUCUUUGCCUUGUUCUUAGCAUGGACUUUUUACGCUCGCAUUUCGAACGACUUCAAGGACUUGAUGCCGGUAAAAUCAUUGAAGCUGAAAACAUGGCAACUGAAGUACUUGAGAGUGGCAACCCGGUUCGGUUUGCUUGCAGAAGCAUGUUUAGCUUUACUUCUUCUACCAAUCUUAAGAGGGUUGGCCUUCUUUCGGUUAUUCGGCAUCCAAUUUGAGGCUUCAGUAAGAUACCAUGUCUGGCUUGGGACUGCAAUGGUGUGUUUUGCCACUUUUCAUGGUGGAAGCACAUUGUUCAUUUGGGGGAUCAGCCACUACAUUCAAGAGGAGAUAUGGAGAUGGCAGAAAACAGGGAGGAUAUACUUGGCUGGGGAGAUUGCUCUAGUUACAGCUCUAGUAAUUUGGAUCACAGCACUACCUCAAAUAAGGAGAAAAAGGUUUGAAAUCUUCUACUACACACACCAUUUAUAUGUAGUCUUCCUGGUUUUUUUCUUGUUCCAUGCUGGAGACCGGCACUUCUAUUGGGUUUUCUCUGGGAUUUUUCUCUUUGGUCUUGAUAAGCUACUACGGAUCAUCCAAUCAAGACCCGAAACAUGCAUUCUUUCUGCGAAAAUAUUCCCCGGCAGGACCAUAGAACUUAUUCUGCCAAAAGAUCCAAAACUGAAGUAUACACCAACAAGUGUGAUAUUUGUGAAGAUACCAAGUAUAUCCAAGUUUCAGUGGCACUCUUUUAGCAUAACUUCCAGCUCAAGUGUUGAUGAAAACACCCUGUCUGUUGUUAUAAAAUGCCAAGGAUCUUGGACAAGUUCUCUACACAACUUGAUCAAUAAUGAGCUAGAGUCGGAUUCUAAUCAGAUGAAGGGCGUACCAAUCGCAGUGGAAGGUCCUUAUGGACCCGCCUCGACAGACUUCCUUAGAUAUGAUAGUCUACUUCUGGUUGCUGGAGGAAUUGGGAUAACCCCUUUUCUUAGCAUCUUGCAGGAAAUCGCUUCAGCCCCGAAAAGUGGAAACCAAUUCCCAACAAGAAUCCAACUUAUUUAUGUUGUGAAGAAAUCCCAAGAUAUUAGCUUAUUGAACUCAACAUCAUCCCUUAUUCUAAACCAAACAACUGACCAACUUCAUCUGAAAUUAAAAGUGUUUGUAACUCAAGAACCGCAAUCCGGUGCAACUCUAAGAGAACUAUUAGAUGAGUAUUCACAGGUAGAGACAGUGCAUUUUGACACGAAUGGGUCGAGCUACGCAAUAAACGGACUCGAAUCUUUUCUUUCGAUGGCUGCCAUAGCUGGACUGUCCUCUGUUGUGUUCCUUGUCUUUCUAAUCUGUUUCAACCACAUAUUUCUACCAGACCAUAAAAAUAAGAAACUCAAGUCACCAAAAGCCUCUAAAGAGAAGAACCCGUCUUCGGUUUUCGAUCUGAUCAUCAUAUUUUCUUUUGUCAUAGCAAUGAUAUGCAGCACCUUACUUGCCGUUAUUGUAAGAUGGAGAAGGCUAAAGAGAGAAACUUCCCCACUUGUGGAGAAACAUGUCAAAUCUUGGCUACCAAGUUCCAUUGAAGCAGGAGGAGCUCUUGAUAAACAUGAGAUACAUUUUACAGGAAGGCCUAACUUCCAAGAUAUAUUCACAAAGUUCCCAACUGAGACUGGUGGUUCUGAUGUUGGAGUCUUGGUCUGUGGACCGGAGACCAUGAAAGAGUCAGUGGCUUUGUUUUGCCGGCAGAAUUCUCAGUGUUUCAAGACUGGUGCUGAGAGGAAAACAAGUUUCAGUUUCCACUCACUUAACUUCACCCUCUAGUACACCAGCUAUAUGUACGUAUUUAACGCAUAGUUAGCAAGAAGAAUAUAUAUUUGGGAAUUACAUUCUAAAUAUUCAUCAACUUCUAAAUGUUAAUUAAGCUUGGUUUUUGCCCAUGUUUAU